UUUCCGGAUGACUUUUCAAUUUUAAUUCUUGUUUUCAUGUUUGUGAGAUCCAAAUAAAAUUUGUUGAUCUUCUAUUUUUAGUUUAUAAAAGAAUCAAAGCUUUAAUUGGAAUAAAAUGGGCGAAGACUGGUGUGUGGAAAAACUCGAAAACCUUCGCAUCAAGGAAAAUCGCACAGAAACAUUGAAUGAAAUCCGUUCUCGUCUCAAUGUACAAUCGUCUUUGGAAAACAUCGUCACAGAUAAAUUGUUGAAGUCUUCAGAAAUAUACGAUUGUCUGGAAGAUAAUACAAACGUUACAAGUGAGCAAAGUGAUUUAGCCAUCGAUAUUCUUUCGAUUUGCAUGAAUCAGCUGACCAUAAACCAAACCGAUCUGCCGAGUCUCUUGGAGCGCUCUUUGCAGCACAAGAAUCCUAAAGUACGCUCUCUCGCUCUCAAUACAAUUCUGAAGGAACUUCUUAGGCAUCCCAAUGCCUCAGUUGCCGAAGAUCUCAUCCUGGUCAUCAUAAAUUGCAUUGAAGAACAUGAGACCAGUGUUGGAGCUCCAGCAGUCGAAAUACUUUCGAUCUUAUUAGCUGGCAAGAUCAACAAGAGACAAUUUAAAGAAGCCCUUCUGAGUAAACUCAACCAAAACGACAUAGUGCGAUGCCGUUUGUAUGAAGUCGCAGUGAAUUUGUCCAAGAUUUCGCCUUCGAAUCUAAGUGAAUUGGAGGAAAUCCUGAACUCUGCGGUUGAAGCAUUGGAAAACAACGAUAUUCUGUUGCAAGUGAAUGUCUUAGAAAUUCUGUCUUCUCUUGCGGGACAGAACCAUGGUCUAGUGUUCUUAGAACAGAAGCAGGUAUUUGAAAAAAUUUCCAACAGAGUCGAUGAAAUAGAACAGAAUCCGCUAGACAGGUUGCUAAUACCUGGAAUUAUGAAAUUUUUCGGAAAAAUUGCAUAUUCCCAGCCUCAGAAAAUCAUCACUGGUUAUCCCAAAAUGGUUCUUUGUUUAUUUGACUGUCUUCAUUCGGCCGAUCCAACGAUUUUGCCGACGGCAUUUGAUACCCUCGCCAACCUGGCGUACUCACAACAAGGGAAACUACUUCUUGAAGCAAAUUAUGAAAGCCACCUCAGACAAACCUUCGAAGACUUUUUCUCGUAUUUGAGAAACCUCCCGACAGAAAUGAAAAAUCGUGCAUUUAACGCGCUUGAAGUUGUGUUUACAUGCCAAGGCGAGCCUUCAGCGGAUGUAAGUAAAGUGCUGCAAAAGUGGUAUCAAAUCCUGGCUGGAGGACAAAGUCUACAAUUUCUUGCAGACUUUUGUCGCAACCCAUUCCCUGACAUUAAAGUAGCCUGUUUGAAUUUUAUCCGAGCACUGUGUCGAUACCGUUGGGGUAUUGUGGCUCUCAAGUACACAGCGGGAUUUGUUGAGUAUCUCAUCGACAGGAAGGUUGAAUUCGACAAAGAUGCAAAGUAUGCAAAGUUUGAAAUAAUUGAAAUAUUGUCGGAGAGCAAUGUUUUCGAUGUUCAAACUCAAUUGCAGUUGAAAAAGUAUGUGAACGAGGGUCCGUAUUAUGUACAACCAAUUGUUGAAAUCGCGGUUGAAGGUGUUUAAGUAAAUAAAAUAAAUUUAAUCCAAAAAA